AUGGGGCUAAGGCUACUAUUUAUAGGGCUAAGGCGUAAUAUAGACGCCUAUUACACGGAUAACGGCUCUAGGCGUCUGGGGGGUAUAUUACGAGAUAUAGAUAUAGUUAAUACUGCCCACAUAGAGUAG